GAAACAACAACUGACCAGUCAAUGUUUCUCUCCUGGAAAAUUCAAAGAUGUGGCCGGCAUAUUACACCGAGGGAACAAAUCUCAAAUCUCCCUGUCUCCAUUUUCUUUCCCGCCGUCGCCAACGACGACGUUUUGCUUAAGAUCCCUACUAUGGCUGGCAUACCCACCGUUAUCAAUCAAGUCGCCGCCGGCACUUAUCCCGCCGGCCGGGCCAACCCCGGGCGGCAAACUCCCGCUCUCCUGCAUCGACAAGACCGUCGGUGGUUUUGUGCACCUCAUCCAGGUCUUUCCCCCGUCGGCGUCCCUCUCCGCAGCCCACGGUGACCAAGGCGCCGCCGCGGCCGUGGCCGCGAUGCGGAGCGGGUUCGCGAGGGCGCUUGUGCCGUACUACCCGGUGGCCGGUCGUCUCGCCCCGUCCGGCCUAGAGGUGGACUGCACUGGCGAGGGUGUCUUGUUCGUGGAAGCGGCCGCGAGCUGCGAGCUCGCCGACGUGGACGGCCUUGAGUGCUACCCGCUGCCCAUCUCCGCGGAGCUCCUCCUCCCGCGCCCUCCCCCAGGCGAGAAGCUGGACGGCAUCAUCCUCAUGGCCCAGGCGACGCGGUUCACCUGCGGUGGGUUCGUCGUUGGGAUCAGCUUCAGCCACGCGGUGUUUGACGGGCAGGGCGCGGCGCAGUUCCUCACGGCCGUGGGGGAGCUAGCACGAGGGUUCCCGGCGCCGUCCGUGGAUCCGGUGUGGGAUCGAGACGCGAUCCCUCACCCGCGCAGCCCGCCGCCGCCGCUAUUCAGGGUUCUCACUGAGUUGCACUUUCAAGGGGUGUGUCAAGGCAGACCACUCGGAUUCUGGCCAAGCCAAAUAUAGACAUAGACCCCACUGGAAAAAGCACAAAGAAUAUUGUGUACAGGGAUGUAUUGGAGGGAUACACAGAGCUUUCUCUGUCUUUGGUGAUGCUGAAUUACUCAACCUGCUUAUGAUGAGAUGGUGACCUCACUUCGUUCGUUUCGCCGCAGUUCGUAUUGCCUCAACCAUGGGCCAACGACUACCUGGAAUGUCUUCUAUCUGCAGUAAAGCACUAUAUGUGACCUAUGUUGCACUAAAAAAGUAUCUUUCAUGUUCAGUUGAUGUGGAUGUGAGUACGCAAUGUCGCCGAUGAACUAACUUACUGUGCUACUGUCCUGGAUGAUGAAUCCGACGUCUCGAUAUUUAUCUAGGAAAUAUCAGGUUUUGUAAAUACUUUUGUGCUUGCUUAUACGAGCAGCCUAUCUUGUUAAUGGAACCAUGUUCUUUGUCU